CUACAUCACAAGUCAUGAUACAAAAUGUUCUUCUGUGGGUUGCUACCAGAGAGGACUUUAAACCCCCAAACUACUUUAAUGGGUUUUACAUGAAGUACUUUUAGGUAAUAUUUCAGCAUUCAUUGUUCUUUGGUCCUGCUCGGACUGUUGCAUUAAGACAGGAUAAAGACACAAGGGAAAGACCAACAGAGUGGACAGAAAGGGGAAAUUUCUUUUGAAGGAAAAAAUGAACUUUCUGCCUAGAAAACAAUGCCUUCGCUCAAAGUCCAACCAAGUCUUUAGCGAGAACAUGUGAAGGAGAAAGGAAGGGAGUGGAUCUUAGAUAAAUAGGAGGUAAUGGGUCAUAAUGAUGCUUAAUGACAGACAUGGAAUUCCUUCAGAACACAAAGAGCAAUGAAAACAAACAAAUGAUAAUGCAAAUAAUAACAAUGGCUAAAUAAAAGCCGGUCUCUGACCUUUCACAUUCAUAGUACGUGUUCUUCGCUUUGAGACUCAACUCCUCCAGAGAGAUCGUACGAUAUUUAAAAUUCAAGUCUGCCUAUUUUCACCCCCUAAAUUAAAGUAAUCAGUUUGUGAAAAAGAUGGCACUUGCUCUCAGUUGAUACAUAGAAUCAGUGCUUUAGUGUUUCUCGGCCCACUGGAUGAUUUUAUUUAUUGCAUAUCAGUUACAUAUCUACUGAAUUUUUUUGGAGAAAAAAAUCAUUCUUUCAUCUGUGGAUAUAUUUUCUUGGCUGAACAUUCAUAAGUGAUUUAAAAGGACCUAAACCAGAGUGGAAAAACCGCCUGACGCAUGUCUGGUAAACCAAAAGAACUUCUAGAAGGAGCUGAAAGAAGAGAGGCAGCAGUUUUUACAGUAGCCCUGGUCAUUUUACUCUGUUGGACUAGUAUCAGAGAGUACUGGAAAUUUCCCUGAUGUCUAAUUCUCUGAUGUUCAGCUAAUAACAACCUGAUGCAAGUGUGCUUGAACAAGUGUUAAUAACACUGCUGUUACUGGUCAAAGAACAGAAAAGCUGGUCAGCUGGGACAUACUCAUCUAAGACAAGUUUGUGACACUCAUUGUGAGUCACAUUCACCAUGGAACCAGUCCUUGAUCUCUCCUCCCUCCCACACCCGACCCCCACAGUGACAUAUGACCCUAAGUCUGAAACGGUGACUUUCCCGAGUGGGGUGGUCUCUGUUGCAGGCGUCACUGUGAUAACUGGGGGCACUGAGCUGUCCUGCGGCUCCUGUAUGUUGGCCUUUGGGUUUUGGGGCACUUUGGUUGGCCUGAGUGCACUGUGUGUGGGACUGAGGGAGUACUCACUGCUAAACGAGGGCAAUAUUUCAAACCUGAUGGCUCUGGGUUUGGUGGUCCUAAUUAUAAGUCUAGGUAUUAUGGUUGGAGUGUGUGGGUUUCAUUUAAUCAGGAAGAAGGCAGGAAUAAUGAGAAGAGAGAGGGAAGAAGGAAAAGUUGUGCUGGUCUGUGAGGAAGGGCAGAGUGUCGUAAAAACAAUGACUGUCUGAAAGGAGAGAAAACAAAAGAUGCAUGUGUGUUUCAGCAGACUGAUCUCAUGUUUCAGUUGCACAAUAGAUUUAUAUAGUGCUAACAUCUGUGUAUUGAUAUUUUGACAUGGCAAUAAUCCUAAUUCAAGACUGCUGAAAACUUCAGAUUCAGAGGUUUGAUAUAUUUAUUAUCAGAAUGCCCUAUAUUCAUGCUAUGACUAUUAGAUACUGAUACAACUGAUAUUCUGAUAUUCUUAGAGGCUACUUCAUCAAUCAUUUUACCUACUUAAUACUACUUCUUUGUAAAUGAAAAAAAUAAGGUAUUAAGGAUAUUUAAGUUUUUACCAUAAUGAUUCUCUCUCUCUCUCUCUCUCUCUCUCUCUCUCCCUCUGCUCACUAACAGAGAAACUAACACAGGAAAUAAUUAUCUGAAUUUCCUGCAAGCAGAGUGGACACAUAUAAGGAUUUCCUGUGUAAACAGUUCUGUCUGAAUUCUGACAUUAGCUGAGAUUAUAAACAAUAAUUUCUGUAGAAAUACAAAUGAAUGUUGGGUUUUUUUUAAAGAGAAAUAUGAAAAUAGGUCCUCCAAAACAAUUUAUUUUUUCUUUUAAUAGUUAGAACCCUGCUGUAUAUCCUGUAAUCACUAUGAUAUUAUUUUAGUAGAAAACCCUGACUAUUAUGUGAAUGCAUAAACUGUUGCUUAAGCUUUGUCAGGCUUAAGAAUUUAAUAAAAUAUUUGUCUCCA